AUGACAUCUACGUAUGCACUGGGUGUCAACGUCGGGAACCCUGGGCGCGGAGAUUGGGGCGCCGACUUGCUCGAGGCUUUCAAGACGGUCGGUAAGGUGCGCCCACUCGGUCGCCAGUUUCCCUGGCUCAUCAACACGGCCAUGAUCUACUUCAACCCGGGUGUGAUCGCCAUUUUCAGCCCGCAGACGGUAAACUUAGCCUGCAACCUGAUCUUCCCGCUGGAGAUAAUGCGGGCGUCGGCCGAGGAGCACGCGCGGCAGGCGGAGGGCAAUCUCCCCGAGUCAGAGACGACACCAGAGCGUCUCAACGCUGAAUCAUCUUCAGUUCUGAGAGGAGUUGAGACCACAGCACGGACAAUGACUAUCAUUAUGUUCUACAUUCGCAAUGACCCUGCCGUACUGACUAAGCUACAAGAUGAGUUGAAAAUUAUCAUCCCCGAUCCUGAAGCUCCGUUCACGCUGGCGAGGUUCGAGGCUCUACCUUGUUUUUCUGGUGUGGUCUCUGACGGCUACGCCCUCGCCCACGGAAUCACAGGCCGAAUGCCACGCAUCGCGCCGGGCGAGGACCUUCGGUACAAGCAAUUGCUGGUCUCGAAGGAAAUGAGUUGA